AUGAAACCGAUUCCUCCAUCUGGUAUAACCCAACCUGAGGACAGGCUGCAGGGACAUCUCCUGCACUUCCUCUCCUGCCUCCUCUUCAGCCUGCUGUUGGGCUCUCUCCUCCUCCUGGGUCUCCGCUUCUCCCUCCAGUACAGCCUGUUGGUCUGCGGAGUCAUCUCAGGCUGCACCGUCCUGCUCCUGACCUCGUCGCUCUUCGUCUCCCAGCGUGUGCGCUGCUUCGCGCUCCUCUUCCUCAUCUCCUGCGCCCUUCAGCAGGGCCGCAACCUCCUCCUGGCGGCCGGCAUGAGCAUGGUGCUCCUGUGGAACGUCAGCAACACCUUCCAGAACCUCCACCGCGUGGCCCAGAGCAUCGUGUGCAACCUCGAGAACCAGGUGCACCUUCAGGACGCGCCCUCCUCGCCCUUGCAGACCCAAGUGAACAUGAUCCGGGAGACGUGCAAGAGAAUGAAAAAUUUCCUUGAAUUUGUUGUCGUUUCAUUCAAAGUGGACAUUAGAGUGUCCGGUCACGCUGAGUCAGAGGCGGCUCAGGAGAAGCUCCAGGAGGCCACACAGAUGCUGAACGCCACGGCAGAGAAGGCAGAGGCCAUCUACGACACGGUGAGCACCAUCAGAAACAGGGUGGCACCGGGUAUCGGUGUCCUCAUCCUGGCCUUGAUGGCCAUCCUGUUUCUCAAGAUGCACAGACAAAACAAGAGGUACCUGAACUCCUACAUCACCCCUGAGUUUGUGCGUUACGACGAGCAACAGAGGGCAGAGGGAAGGCCACACGUCCUGCCACUGACCAAGAAGGAGGCCAAGCGUUACCCAUCCAUCCCCUCCGCUAGGCCGACGCUCAGUGACGGGAUGAGUGUCCUGAUAUUCUUCAUCCCGGUGGUCGUCCACCUUCUCACCUGGUCUGCACUCAUUGGCCUGGACACCCUGCUCUACUGGAUCAUCCAGACGGUCAACAGGCACAUGAGACAGUUCAGGCCCAUUGAUGUCCCACUGAGGGUAACUCUGAAUGGGUCUCCAAAGACCUUCUCCUACUCCAUUGAGAUGUUCAAGAAAGAGUGCCUGACCCAGCCCACCAUCCUCCUCUCUCAGUCGCUAGCUCCGCUGUCUGUCAUCCUGGUUGUCCUGGCAAUCAUGGGCCUGCUCUCCCCCAAGUUCCUCCAAGCCAAGAUACUGCUGAUCGAGAGAUUCUAUGGUGACUCCUCAGCAGAUAGGGUCCAACACCUGCAUGCUAAGAUUGUUCGCAAGAGGUCCAAAAAGAAACUGAAAGCCCUCAAAAGUACUCUUGUGAGCUAUGCAACGAAUAAACAGAAAUGGCUCCACACCGUGUGA